GCUCUAUGUUUUCUCUCUCAUACUCCGGUUAGAUCUGCACGUGGCUCUCAAUCUCCCGCGGGAAUCAUGGCAGUGUAGCGGCGCGCAGCGGCAAACAUCGCAACGGCAAAUCCGGCAGUGCAGCGGGCAAGUGCACUGGCUCAGUUUGGCAAAAUGGCGUCUCUCCUAGCAAACCCCCAGCGCUCUGCUGCCAUCGACAGCAUCUCCAUCUCUCCGCGAAUACAUCAGCUCCUCCUCCGCCAUGUCUCUGUGUGUUGGGGACGCUGGAGCCCUGCUGCUGGGGCCCUGGCCUCUGACGGCUGACCCCCGAGGGCCCCUGCUGGACCAGGAUGAGGAGAGCUCCGUGUUGGAGGGCUCGUGGUCUUCCUCUUCCUCUUCUUCUUUAUCCUCUUUCUCUCCUCCUGCUUCUGGAGAUGCUCCGUCUGAGCUGCUGUCGCUCUCCUGGCCGUCGUCGGACGUCCUGCUGACAGAGCAGAGCACAGCAGGCGAUGUGUUUCCUGGUAUGGAUUGGAUGACAGAGAAAUUAGACCUGAAUGACUUGGACCUGGACUCUCUGAUUGGGUCAUGCGACUCUGAGGAUCCGCCCGGUUCCCCAGAGGAUCUGCUGGCCUGUCUGGACUCCAGCAUGGAUCUGGAUCUGGACUCUCUCCCGUUUGGCUCCGCAGACCUGGAUCUCCCUCUGGGCUUGGACCUUCCGCUUCCUGAAGAGAUCAAAUCGGAGCCUCUCUCUCCAGCACAGAGCGUCCCGUCUCCUCCUGAAGAAGCUCCUCAAGAUGAGAACACUGAGGUUUCAGUUCUCCAUCCUGCAGGAAUCAUGCUGAGCCUCUCUCCGUCUCACAUUGUGGUUCUGCUGACUCCAAAAGAAGAGCAGAACAUCAGCGAUUCCUCUGAUAGCGAUAGCGGGAUCUCAGUCUCAGGAUCUCCAGCUCAUCAAUCAGAUCUAGAACCCUCAUCCAGAGCUAAACCAUACUCCAGACCCGAUCCUGAAGCAUCUCCAGCGCUCAAAGGCCGAGUGAAGACCAGCUCCGGAGCUCCGAAAGUGGAGAAGAAACUGAAGAAGAUGGAGCAGAAUAAAACCGCAGCAACACGCUACCGGCAGAAGAAGCGUGUGGAGCAGGAGUCGCUGAACGGCGAGUGCUCUGAGCUGGAGAAGAAGAACCGUGAGCUCUCGGAGAAAGCAGAUUCCCUGAGCCGGGAGAUCCAGUACCUGCGGGACCUUCUGGAGGAGAUGCGGACCGCCAAACACCGCAGGAGCAAACGCUAGAUCCAGAUCCAUCCUUCACAUCGCUGUCGGUCCAGAUCCAUCCUUCACAUCCAGACUGAUCUGUUAUUCUCUGAUCAUUAUAACUCCUCAUCCUGCAUCUCUCGUCUCGUCUGGUCCAGCGAGGGCCCUCAACACCUCCAGUUCUUACACUGAAUCUGAUGCUGUAGUGCUUUGUAAAUAAGCUUCACGUGUGCUAUUUAAACAUGCUCAAUCUGUCAUGGUGUGUGUGUGUGUGUGAGGGGCUUUAUUUUCUAAUAAAGAUGUCAUCAAACUCU